GUCCCGAAAAAUGGCGCCGACGAUCCCAAUUACGGUGUGUCAAUCUGUUGGCAGCCAAGCUGAAGUAUUGUAGAGGGAAUGCCGUCUACUGUUUGUAAAACUAAUUAGACGUGAUUGUUGAAACUCUUUAUUGAAAAUGCUUGAGAAUAUAUUACAUGUAUAUUGCUUAAUUUUUUGAAGUUUUCAACGCUGUUGCAGGCAUGUGUUUGGCCAGCUAUGUGGGGCGGGUUGAGCGUGAACCAGAAAGUGCGGGGAUCUCGUGUGUGUGUGCGCGCGCGCGCGCGGGGGCGCGCUGUUCUGUCGUUGCUGGCUCGUCGAAAAAGAAAGUUGACCGGUGUUGUGCCGAGUUUUGCAUGCCUGCCGGUCAUCGCGGCGAAGGGCCAGCCUGUCGCGUGUGGUCCCGUUCUUCAGGGAGACGUCUCCGGAGGGGGGGCAAGCCCGGGAGGUGCUCAGUCCCGACAGCGAAGACCCUCCCCCCUGACCCUCCGCUGCCGCUCCGGCCAACGGCUCGGCUUGCGGAGACGUCCGCAGUCCGUCCCAGUCGAGCGACGAGCAGAGUUCCGAGGCCAGCGUGGUCGCCGACAUCAUCGGGGGCGAGGUGACGCUUCACGCCGACACGCCCGAAAAUCUCACCCUCGCCCUCCUGGACAGCGUGACCGGAAGACGGUACGGGCAGUGCACUGAGACGUUGUUGGACGACUUCAUGCUGACCCAUCCCAUCUACCUGACGGCAGACACCUUCCAGCAAGUUCUACUGCAGCAAUUUUCUGUGCAUGUGGGGGAGGGGCCAGGGCCAGGUGGUGAAAAGGAUGACAGAGAAGGAGGGGGCCUGGAUGCCGUGCACAGGAAGCGGGCGGUCCUCAGUGUUGCCUUCCGAUACCUCGACACGUACCGAGAACUCCUGCAAGAGGAGGGCGACAAGUUCCCCAAGGAGUUGUACGGGUGCGUGCUUCAGGAACUGAGUUGUCAUCCCGAGCUGGUGGACGAUGUGGUCAAACUGCAACGCUGGACAGAAAUUUUACACUGCCCCUGUGACGAGGAGAAGGAAAGCAGAAGGAAGCAAGUGCGACCGCUCUUCAGACACUUUCGACGAAUCGACGCCUGUCUGCAGCCCAGGGAGGCGUUCAGAGGCUCUGAUGAGAUCUUCUGCAGGGUCUACACUCCCGAUCAUUCCUACGUCACCAUCCGCAGUCGCCUGUCCUGCCGUGUGGGAGACAUCCUGGCUCUGGUUCGAGAAAAGCUGCAGUACAGCGAUGAGCAGCCGCUUCUUCCCGGAAACCUCAUCCUGGUGGCGGUCACGUCGGCUGGAGAAAAGGCAGUGUUUCGGCCCAGUGACGAGGCCGUCUUCACCACUUUGGGGGUCAACACUCACCUGUUCACCUGUGAACCCUCUGAACUGGAGUCGCUGCUUCCUCUUCCCGAGGAGAUCCACUGGACACCCGGAGACAGCAAACUUCAUGACAUGUCAGCAGAGGAAGUGGCCAACCAGCUGGUGGCGUUUGACUGGGAGCUCUUCAGCUGCGUGCACGAGGUGGAGUUUGUGUGUUACGUGUUUCAUGGAGAGCAGUCCCGCUGGCGCCCCCUCAACCUGGAGCUGGUACUGCAGCGCUGCAGUGAGGUCCAGCACUGGGUUGCCACCGAGAUCCUGCAGUGUCACUCCCUGCCAAAACGAGUCCAACUGCUCCGCAAGUUCAUCAAGAUCGCAGCGCUCUGUAAACAGCAGCAGGACCUUCUGUCCUUCCUCGCUGUGCUGCUCGGCCUCGACAACCCCGCCCUCAGCAGACUGCGGCUUACCUGGGAGGGUCUUCCAGGGAAGUUCCGGAAACAGUUUCAGCAGUUUGAAAGCAUUGCUGAUCCUUCCAGAAAUCACAAGUCCUACAGAGACCUGAUCACCAGUCUGAGACCUCCACUCAUCCCCUUCACUCCUCUGCUGCUUAAAGAUUUGACUUUUCUUCAUGAGAGUUGUAAGACUUUUCACGGCCAGCUGGUCAAUUUUGACAAGAUGCACAAAGUUGCCGACAUGGUGCGAAGCAUACGAAGAUACCGUAGUGGACAGCUGGCCAUGGAUAUGGAGACGUCGCCAUCCCACCUGCAGACCAAAGCGUACGUGCGACAGCUGCAGGUGAUCGACAACCAGAACCAUCUCUUCGACCUGUCCUGCAAACUGGAGCCCAGAGACACGUAGAGAUGCCAGGACGCGUCCCACCUCCUCUUCCUCCCUCUCAGCGAACACGUUAAAAGCUUCUUAACAGGCAGCCAAUCAGGCGAAGCUCGGCAGCCAUCUUGUCUCCUUCCUGACCACAGACGACAUGUAGUCGCAGUUUGACCUCGACCCAGCUGAUGAGGUGAGCCUAGUGAUGGAUGAUUUAUCUCUUCAAAGGUCAACCUCUGACCUCAGGGGCGUGUCUUUCUUCUUAAUGAAUGAGGAGGACAGCAGAGAAGUAAACAAAUGUUUAGUCAUUUCUGUCUGGGAAGGUGUACCGUGACACUCUAUGGGCGGCGCUUGUGCAAUAACAGGAGGCGAUGCACGUCUGGUGUCAACCAAGCAUGUCGACGACGCUCAGGGCUCCCAGGUUUUGUGUACUUUUUGUGAUGAUGAUUAAGACUUAUUUUUCUUCUUUCCCUUGUUGUCUUAGGAUCAUUUCGAUCAACAAAGACAGAGGGAUAUUUUUUUAAACGUUGUCUCAUUGCAACGCUAAAUGACAUCACACGUCUGCUAGUUGACACCUGGCGGGGCUCUGCUGCGGCCAGUCCUGGAUUCAAGUCAUUCAUUUCCAAAUAUCAAACAGGCGUCUCAAAAGAUGACAAAAUUCCAAUUCCAAAAUACACAUGAGACAGGGUAUGAAUGUUGGGCCGCGCGGCGGAUGAGUGUUUAGCAUGUAGGCCACACAGCGAGAAGAUCCGGCUUUGAUUUUCUGCUCCGGCAUCUCUUCGUGGAGUUAGCAUGUUCUCCCUGUGCAUGGCUUUUCUCCGGGUAAUCCGCUUUCCUCCCCAGUUCCAAAAACAUGCUAGCUGUUAGCUUGAUCGGCCACUCCAAAGUGUCCAUAGGUAUGAAUGUGGGUGGGAACGGUUGUUUGUCGAUACGUGCCCUGUGAUCGGCCGGCCACCGGUACAGGGUGUACCCCGCCUCUCGCCCCCAAAGACAGCCGGGAUAGACUCCAGCAUACCCCCACCACUAUAGUGAGGAUAAGCGGUGUAAAAAACGGAUGGCCGGACAGUAUGAACUGUUUAAUCUUCCGAGUCCAUGAAUGAAAGAAAUGAAUCAGUAGAUUAAUUUACCCGCUGACUAAAAUAUCUGUCGGCGAGCCAGGGCUGAUAGUGAGUAACAGCGCCUCCCGUAUGCUCAAAGUGUUAACCAAUUAGCGUUGUCAUAUUGAAACAAGAUCGGCAUCCUUGUGAUUUCAGAUCGAUUUAGAAGAAGUAUUUUGACCUGUUAGCAUCACAGGUAGUCUCAGGAAACUCGCUGGGUGUUGAAGCCUCCUGCCGGACAACAUAGAAACAUUCAAAGUAGACGUGAACGGCCGGUCUUUGCUGUAAAACUCAGGCGUGUCCGUUUGUAAAGGUCGCGUAUGGAGUGGCUGACCUUGAAACAUGUACAUAGUGUGAGUGUGUAAAUACUUCCAAACGAAAGGAGAAUCUAUUUUAAAGAUGUUUGUUUCACGUAGAGAUGAGAUUUUAUUCACGUGUGUUGUUUACAUUGUGCCAAACCGUGAGCCAUGACAAGUAAAGAUCCACGUUAGCAUGACGAUGGUAUUUGUCAAGGGUCGAGGAGCGAGCUACACGAGCUGGCAGUGCUGUAGCAUUUGCGCUUUCAGUUGUGAACUUGUAACUUUGUUCUCUGAAAUGUAACCAAGAAUUUGUAUGCUUUAAAAGUAUGGAGACAACCACCAAUAUUUUUGCAACCUUUUUCUUUGUAAUGAUUUGGCACUUUAAGAUGGCAUUCCUAUUUUGAAACGAUGCAUCACAAUGUUGUUUCCUGCAGUUGCUCAAAUAAACCCGAUGAAGGCGACAUUGUGCUCUUCCAUUGUGUCAUCACGCCCGGCAUCACACGAUGUGUGUGAUGGACGGAAAUCACCCCCUGGAGUGAGGCGUGUAGGGCCGAGUGCCCACGCCUCCUCCAAGGGGCACCAGGGAAUGCACUCGCCCCAUCCAGUAGGGAAUGUCACUCCCGAGGGACAAAUCUCCUGUGUUGGAUCAUGUGAGUACGGGCGCGGCGCGUCCCGUAUGGCACCGAUGUCCAACCCCCUUCAGUCGGGUCCAUAUCGGUACACAGAAUUACAAUUUGUAUAUAUUUUUUCAUAUUUGAGUGUUUUGUAUUUUGUCCCUUUUAAUUUGAGAUGUGUAUAUGUGUGCAUAUGUGUCUUUUUCUUCUUUUCUUUCUGCUUUUCCCUUUAGGGGUCGCCACGGCAAAUCAGCCGCCUCCAUCCAACCCUGUCUUUCUCACACCCGCUACCCUCAUGUCCUCCUUCACUACAUCCAUAAAGCUCCUCUUUGGCCUUCCUGUACGCCUCCUACCCGGCAGAAUCCUUCUACCGAUAUAUUGACUAUCUCUACUCUGGACAUGUCCCAACCAUCUCAGUCUGUCCUCUCUGACUUUAUGUCCAAGGUCUCUAACAUGUAAUGUCUUUCAGAUGAACUUGUUCACGAUCCUAUCCAUCCCAACGAGAACGUCAGCAUCCUCAUAUCUGCACCGGGGGUGGGGGGGCGUAGCGGCAAAGGUGUUUGAUGAGCGCAAUGCAUAAUUGUGUCUUUGGAUGCAGGAGUGCGUGGCCUCUGAUGUUUCCCCCUCCAGAUUUACAAAGACACAAUGCAGCUCCCUCCGACCUUCUCUGUACUUCUCUAUGAACAUUCUCAAAGCAAUACAGCAUCUGUAGUACUCUUUUUUAUUUUUUGGCAUGAAACCCUACUGCUGCUCCCACAUGGUGACCUCUGCCCUUAGCCUAGCUUCAAGUAGUCUAUGCCAUAACUACCAUCUGGUGCCUUCCUACUCUUCAUCUCUUUUUUCUCACUUCCUCUUUACCAAUGUUUGGUACUUCCAGGUCCACAGCAGAUACCUCUUCUACUCUUCCUUCUUUCUUGUUUUCCUCAUUCAUCGACUUUAGAAAUUUUUUUUGUCCAUCCUCCCAACCCAUAACCGGCAUCUGUCAGUACACUUCCAUUCCUAUCCUGGACCACUCUAACCUGCCGCACGCCCUUCCCGUGUCCGUCUCUCUGCCUCGCCAACCUGUAGGGAUCCAUCUCUCCCUCCUUACUGUUCAAGCUAGCGUAGGAGUCAUCAUAGACCUCUUGUUUUGGCUUUCCUACCUCUACUUUCACCUUAGCAUUCAUCUCUCUGUACUCCCCCUCUACUCUCUUCAGUCCUCUCCAUGUCCCACUUGUUCUUAGGUAACCUUUUUGGCCGUAUACACUCCCGCACCUCCUCAUUCAUGGUCCAGUCAUCCAGGAAGCACCUCCCGACCAUCCAGAGCGUGUCUCAAUUUCUGCCUAAAAGUCCUAUAACACUUUUGUUUCAGAUUUGAGCAUUUGGUCAUCUGCUCUGCCUUUGCCCUCUCGGUCUUCCUCACCGUGAGGGUUCUUCUACACACCACCGUCUUAUGCCGUCUGGCUACACUUUGACCUCCCACUACUUUGCAGUCACGAUCUCCUUCAGAUGACAGCGUCUACACAAGAUGUAGUCUACCCGUGGACUCCUACCCCCGCUCUUACAGGUCCAUUCAAGGUUGCCCCGAUGACAACUCCUUCCCUUCCAGGAAUGCUCUGUAAGACUUCAUCGGCGUCCAGCCAGUUUUUCUCUUUUUCCUCCAACUCCCAUCCCGCUCAUGGGACAUACCCGCUAACAACAUUGAACAGCGCACCUUCAUUUUUCAUCCUCAGACUCAUCACCCUAUCUGACAGUGUUUUUACCUUCCCAAGCAACUCCUCCUACUCCAUUGGUCUUCCAUCUCAACGAUGAUGGAACAAGUUGAACUCCGCCCCUAUAGGCAGUCAGACUAGACAGUUUGUUCCAUCAGAGGUGGCCAGAGGUUACAAACAUUCAUUCAUUUCCGGUUGGUAGAUUGUUGAGUUGAGGGAUUAGCAACCAUUAAAGAUACAAGAAAUCAUUCCGAUUGCCAUGAUGAUGGCUGUCUGUCUUAACCAUAGCGGUCGGAAUUCUUAUAUUUUAGCAUUAGGUCAGUCGAUUUGAGGAAAUGGAGUAUUUUCAAUGGUGUUUUCAUGUCAACAGGUCCUGAUUAACCCGGGAAAUGUUGUUUCACCUGGCAAAGUCCUGAUGUUUGUAUAACUAUGCUUCUGUACUGUCUUUUGCAGUUAAUUUCUUCUCUUCACCUGUGUGCCAACAUAAAUUAUCAGUUGGAUAUUGUAUGUAAGUGUCCAGUUAAAUGUCAUGUGUUGUAAAAGUUUAUUCCUUAAAGGGAACUGGCCAUUGUGAGCUAAAUUGUUAAAUUUUUUUUCAGUAGGACAUGCCGAUGCACACACUACAAUGAGACACAGCCAGUUGAGUCAGCCAUAAUGUUUUGACAGCAUCAAAGCUUUAUUUGUAUUCAUCACUAUGGCGGCCUGUAGUGGACAAAAGGAAUAACGAUUUUGAUUACAAAAGGCAAUUCCAUGUCAGCCCAUUGACAGAAAGGUUGAGUUUUAUCUCAUGGAAUGUAAAGUUUGAACAUAUACGAAUACAUAGUCACACAAAGGUUGUAAGUUACACCAAAUGACAAGAAAAUAGUAAAAUAGACUCCUAUAAAGGACACUGCAGUCGCAGGGCUACCUAUAGUAUUUGUCAGCCUUUUGUGGUAGAAGGUCUGCAAGGAUGUUAAGACCUUGCCAUUCAAUGUGACGCAACUUUGCAGUUUGGGUUGAUGAAAUUGCUUGUGGCCUGGCGCCCAGCUGCACCGGCCACGCCCCGAGGAUCCCACACGCUCACGGCCCCGCUGCCACCGGCGGCCCACGGAGGCCCCGCCCUCGCUGGGGUCCCGAGACGGCUCAAGCCACGCCUACCCGGCGGCCAAGCCAC